AUGGGUUUAAAAGAAUACAAACCUACUGAGUGGCGCAUUUUUAUUGACAGUUGUAAAAGAAGUUUAAAAUGCGUCUUACUACACAAUGGAAAUAAAUUUGCAUUAAUUCCAAUUACCCAUUCAGCACAACUCAAAGAAGAAUAUGAAAAUGUAAAAUUAGUUUUAGAAACAAUUAAUUACUUGGAGUAUCAAUGGCCGAUCUCGGUGGAUUUGAAAAUGGUUAAUUUUUUACUUGGUCAACAAAGUGGAUACAUGAAAUACCCUUGCUUUAUUUGUAUGUGUAGAGCAAAGCAACUUCAUUGGGAACAAGAUAUUUGGCCUGUAAGAAAUUCUUUAAUUGUUGGUAAAGCCAAUGUAAUAAGGGAGCCGUUGGUGAGCAAAGACAAAAUCAUACUUCCACCAUUACACAUUAAAUUAGGAAUGAUAAAACAAUUUGUAAAAGCGUUGGACAAGGAAGGAAAUUGUUUUAAUUACAUUUGUAGAAAAUUUACGAAGCUUAGUAUGGAAAAGUUGGAAGGUGGAAUAUUUGAUGGUCUUCAAAUACGGCAAUUUAUAAAAGACACAGAUUUUAUCAAAGUUAUGACUGUUCCGGAAAGUAAGGCUUGGAAAAGUUUUAUGUUGGUAGUUGAAAAUUUCCUAGGUAACCAUAAAAUACCAAAUUAUGAAAAAAAUAUACAAAAUAUGCUGACAAACUUUCAGACUCUGAGAGAGCAAAUAUAA